UUCAAGAUUCAUGAACUAUGAUCUUGUUUUGCCAGUCCUUCGUUUAUAGUUGUGUUUGGCAUUGCAACACUGAUACGCAGGGAGACACACACCAUGAAUCCUACAGCAGUAGUUAGCAGCAGAAGCUACACCUACACCUACACCUACAACCCAUCUCUCAGUUUCCACACAUCACCUCCACACUCCCCUCUUUCAGCUUUCACUUUUCGCUUACCCUUCCAACCUUCACUGAACACACCUCUCAUCAAUCCCAUACACAAAUCCCAUACACGUUUUUCCAAAGUUUGCGCAGCAGAGAGAUACUAUGGCUUGUCUGAGUCUCCAGCAAAGGCACUCCGGCGUGUUCUUGAGUUGCCUGGGCUUCACCAAGGCCCUGCAUGUUUCGAUGCUCUCAGUGCCAAGCUUGUUGAGAGAGCUGGGUUUCAGUACUGCUUCACCAGUGGAUUUUCAAUAUCGGCUGCUAGAUUGGGGUUGCCAGAUACAGGGUUUAUAUCCUCUGGAGAAAUGGUGGAUCAGGGGCAACAAAUUACCCAAGCUGUCUCUAUUCCUGUGAUUGGGGAUGGUGAUACUGGAUACGGGAAUGCAAUGAAUGUCAAGAGAACUGUUAAGGGAUAUAUUAGAGCAGGUUUUGCAGGGAUCAUUCUCGAAGAUCAGGUGUCUCCAAAAGCUUGCGGUCAUACACAAGGCAGGAAAGUGGUUUCCAGAGAGGAGGCAGUGAUGCGAAUAAAGGCAGCUAUUGAUGCGCGGAAGGAGAGUGGCUCUGACAUUGUUAUUGUGGCCCGAACUGAUUCUCGUCAGGCAGUAUCCUUGGAUGAAUCACUCUGGAGGUCUAGGGCUUUUGCUGAUGUUGGAGCAGAUGUUCUUUUUAUUGAUGCACUAGCUUCAAAAGAAGAGAUGAAGGCUUUCUGUGAAAUUUCUCCCCUAGUUCCUAAAAUGGCCAAUAUGCUUGAAGGAGGGGGCAAAACACCGAUACUUAAUCCUCUUGAACUUGAGGAUCUCGGAUAUAAACUUGUGGCCUAUCCACUGUCCUUGAUUGGGGUAUCCAUUCAAGCAAUGCAGGAUUCACUGACUGCCAUCAAAGGAGGUCGUAUCCCUCCUCCUGGAAGCAUGCCAUCUUUCGAAGAAAUAAAGGAAAUCUUAGGUUUCAACACAUAUUAUGAAGAAGAGAAGCGCUAUGCUACCAGCACCAAUCAGCCAUCUUCACAAAGAGUGAGCAGUAGCAGAUACUCUAUACAACAGAGGGUUCAAGAUUAUACAGAGCAGAGAGGUCGAAGUCCUCAAGAUCCCAUUGUUGAGGUGAUAACUCCUGAUGUAUACGAUAACUAUGGUGCAGAUGGUUCCAGGGAUCCUUUUUCUCAGAUUUGGUCUCGGACAUUGAGAAUCAAAAUAACUGGAAGAGAUGGAUUUGAGAAACUUGAUGUUAGGAUCCCUGCUGGAUUCUUGGAUGGAAUCACAAAUAUAAUACCAGCUUUGGGGGGCGUAAAUAUCAAAGAAUUGUUGGAUGAUGCAGCAGAUGAAGUAGGAGGGAAGCUGUUAUUAGAUUUUAGUGACACAAUGGGUGACAGGAUUCAAGUCUUUCUUGAGUAGCUUUUACAUUUGUCUUUCACAAUUCCAAUGGUAAAGUUAUCUUAAGGGUAAAUAAAGUGCUAUUGCAAUUCUUGAAAGAAGCUUAGAUAUUAUUUAAUGUGGAUUGUUAUCUAUAA